AUGGCCUUUGAUGGAUUCCAGAGCUCUGAAGCAGAUUUAUACUUUUCACCUUACAGGCUUCAGACUCAUUUUAGUGGGGACAGUGGACGGCUGGCCCAGUCUUACAAUCCUUUACCGGAUUUUCCUGUGAAAGAGGACAUGCCACCUCCCUACACUCCAUGGGCAACUCAAGAUGACUCUUACCAACCAAUGGACUAUGCUCAAGGCAACCCGAAGAACAGGAAUGUCUUGGAUGGGAAUGAGUGUGAAAAUGAAGCUGAUCUUUAUGGACUUGUGUCCAACAUCUUGGAAGAAGCUGAUCGAAUGGAGUCUUACUUCUCAGAAGACAGGGUACCCUCCAGUCUGAAAGGUGUCUGGUCUCCUAAAUGUAUGAGGGAGGACAGCCUUCAGUUUUUUAACCCAGAUGUAAAGAUACAGACAAACUCAGACUGUCAGUCCAAUCACGUCUCUUCCAGCCAGACGGCGAACAGAGACUCUCGACAGAGAAAUGACCUUUACAGACACUUCAAUGGUCUUGAUACCACCGAUACCCACUGGCUCCCGCCCUCCUACACUGGAGAGACAGAAGACUACUGUCAACCCAUCCAAGGUCUGCCCAGACCUCCUGGCUUAGACGCACCAUCUGGGGUCAACUCUCCCUAUCUAUCCAAAAACAGAUCGGUUAAAUCCGAGUACAGCAUCACCGCUGGGAAAGACUCUGGCUGCUGUGGUGCAACAAACAUACUAGCGGAUCACGCGGUAGGGGCCGGAGACUCGUACUUCAGCCCGUACCCUGACUUCAUGUCCCGGAGCAGAGCCAAAGAACAUAGGAACAGGCCCUCCUCAGGGCCAGAUGCCAACAGGUUGGCCAGUACCAUGCAGGCACUCUUUACGGGGCAGCAGGAAAGACCUCAUAGUCGAGAUCCUGUCCAGAACAGGCCUGUAUCCUUGAUGCAUUACGAAGAUAAGACAGCCGAACAGAGUAGUUUCCCAUCCCCAGGAAUGUCAGCGUUCGAUGCUCAGACGUCCCAGUUUAAGAAAGAAUUUGCCGGAGGCUUCGGAGUGAAGAGAGCAGGAGAAACAGGAAUCAAGAGGCUGCCAUUGCAGAAUGAGAACACCUAUAAAGAUUUCGCUGGAUUUGGUCACCAACAAGAGUUGCCAAAAUCCUUCUCGUCUUCCUUCAGCUCCCCGACUCCAUACCCAAGCAAGGGAGCCAGUCAAAGAGGACCCAAUAUACCACAACCUAGUCUCAAUCAGUAUUUUUCUCAUUAUGCUCAGGAAAACCACCAACACCAGACCCAAACCAAGUUACCUGCCAAAACAAAUGGCAACACCGGACCCCAGGGUUUAUCCAAGCUCAUGUCCCACUCUGUGGGUGAAUUUGUUCCUCUGGUCUCCUACCACCAGAUGCCAAGGAGUACAGCUCAGGUCCUACCUGAUUUUGGCCAGGAUGAUGGACCAGGGCACCAGUGUAGGAAGGGUCCCCCAGGACUGGGUCUUGAGGUAAUGAAUAAGGGGGCUGGGGAAGGGAUUGGUUUUGACCUUCAUCAAGAGAAAAGCAGACUCCUUACAGCUGCAGCGGCAGCAGGCCUCAUGGGAAAUCCACACAGCCUUCAAAACUUUGUCGGGAAGCCCGCCAAAACCCCUGCCAGCCUCCCCAGAGAAACAGAAAAGAAACAGGGGCUCCUACAGAACCCAUACUUGGAUGGCUUUGGGAACACGUACGGCAACCAGACCAGGCAUAACUCAGCCGGCGCAGCGAUGGUAAAAACCCAGUCACCUCUGUUUCUCCCUUACCUCUACCAGAUGGCUGACCCCAGGCAGAAUAUGUGCCCCCUGUUCCCCUCGCGCACUCAAAUACCCUACUGCAGUGGCACCGUGCCCCUCAUGGAUCUUGGUGAUGUCCACCCAGACGGAGACAUGGCCUCGUUUAACCCCUAUCUGCAAGAGAUGAUGGGAUCAGGCCAAGGCAUGGAUGGGCCUUUCGCGGGCUUCCUGUCUGCUCUGAGGUCCCCGAAACUGGGCAAGAGUCACGGAAGCCCCACUAGCCAGUUGCAUUACUACUUAGAGGACUGCUACGAGCAGUGGAGGAUGCUGGAGAAAGAGAGAAAGAGGGCUGAAGUGAUCCUGGCCAAGAACUACCCAGGGAAGCGUAUGUCUAUGACAAGCACUAACACUUUGCCCAAAAUGCCCCCAAACCCCUCCAGAGUGGACCGGGUCAUAGUGGACCAACUGAGAGAGCAAGCCAAGGUGGUGAGCUUGUUGGGGAAGAUGGAACGCUUGCGGAGCUUGCCUCUUCACGCCAACAUCUGCACGGCUUUAGACAAACACCUGGAAGCCAUCUACAUCACCCAGGCACGCCGCAAAGACGAAUUCAUCACCUGCAACAGACAGAGACAGGGACCAGCAUACUACAGGGAAGACAGAGACAUCCUGCUGCUGGCGUCCGCGCUGAAAGACCUGAGCAGCAGCACCAGAAAAUCUCGCACUGCGCUGUGGUGUGGCCUGCAGAUGACCCUGCCUAGAACUGACACGCAUCCAGAUGAGGGAGGAGAGCGGCACACAUGCGCUCCUGUGGGACAAGGCAGGUCUGGCCAAGCCAGUCCAGAAAGAGCCCUCCCUGCAUUCUGA